CGCUUGUGAGUACGGCAACCAAAAGUGGAGGGUUUCUAGGAGUGGUGGUUUCGCCGGCGCUUCCGGGCCGGCGAAAGCGUCUGUUCUGUUGGCUUUUAUGGUUGGCGUGUUGUUUCAACUUCUGGUGUCACAUUAAAAAUAGCAUAUUUUCCAGAGAGAGAGAGAGAGAGAGAAUGAGCGGCGGGGAAGGGAAGACGGUGUGCGUGACAGGAGCGUCGGGCUUCAUAGCUUCGUGGCUGGUGAAGCUGCUACUCCAACGAGGUUACACUGUCCGAGCCACUGUUCGCGACCUCUCUGAUCCGAAGAAGACAGAUCACUUACUUGCACUUGAUGGAGCUAAGGAGAGACUUAACCUGCUCAAAGCAAAUCUUCUGGAAGGAGGUUCCUUUGAUUCUGCAGUUGAUGGGUGUGAAGGUGUUUUCCAUACAGCAUCUCCAUUUUUUUUGACACCAUCGGAUCCGCAGUCGGAAUUAAUUGAUCCAGCACUCAAGGGAACACUUAAUGUUUUGGAAUCAUGUGUCAAGACUGGAACAGUCAAAAGAGUUGUUUUGACAUCCUCUAUAGCUACAGUUUUAUACAAUGGUAGGCCUCGAACUCCUGAUGUGGUAGCUGAUGAGACUUGGUUUUCGGAUCCAGAGUUCUGCAAGGAAAAGAAGAUCAUAUUGAACCGAGGGGGAGGGAGGGACUGUUGCUGCCUGAUAAAGAUGUGGUAUCAACUUUCAAAGACACUAGCAGAGGAUGCUGCCUGGAAGUCUGCAAAAGAAAAGGGUAUUGAUAUGGUUACAGUAAAUCCAGCAAUGGUUGUUGGUCCUCUGUUACAACCAACACUUAAUACCAGUGCUGCUGCUGUUUUGAGCAUAAUAAAUGGUUCACAAACAUAUCCGAAUGCUACUUUUGGAUGGGUUAAUGUUAAAGAUGUUGCAAAUGCUCAUAUUCAAGCAUUUGAGGUUCCUUCAGCCAAUGGUAGAUAUUGUUUGGUUGAGAGAGUAGCACACUACUCUGAAGUUGUGAAGAUAUUACAAAAUCUCUAUCCUUCCAUUCAACUUCCAGAUAAGUGCGCAGAUGAUAAACCAUAUAUGCCAACAUUCCAAGUAUCAAAGGAGAAAGCCAAAGGGUUAGGCAUCGACUUUGUUCCCUUGGAAGAGAGCCUCAAGGAAACUGUUGAAAGCUUGAAGGAGAAAAAAUUCUUCAGCAUCUGUGCACUUUAACUCUCGGUGUUUUUUACCCCCUUUUAAUGUAAGAUGACGAGCAUUCCCCUGUGGUGAAGACUGUGAUCGGGUUGUGUUGUGAUGGCUAGCCAUUCUUGGCGAUGCAUUUACUUAUCGGAAGAGCUAAAACCAAAAUGGAAAAGAAAACUAUGUAAAACGUUUUCUGAUAAAAUGAUCCAAUGGCUUUGUGAUGACUGGUAUAUAUCAUGGCUUUUAGAA